AUGUCAAAAAUGGAGAGAUUCGGACGCGCAGAGGAACUCUCCGUGUGCUGUCGCAAUUAUGUACGUUCGGAAGCGGAACCAAUCGUAUUUCAUGUCCAUGGACUGGCGCUGUUCACGCCCUGGAUUUUGCAAGGGUCUUUCAUUAAAGUGAUCAGAUAUGCCUGUUCGAACAGGACAUUGUUCGAAACAUUGCUGUGGGACGCGAUUGAUCAACUCACCAUCAAAGAUCCAACAUUCGCAGACCACAUAAGGGGAUUCGAAGACCAGAGAACCAAUGACCGGGAAUUCGCGAUCGAAGCACAAGCCGAUCAAGCCAACACACAAGUUCAAGUUCCAUUUCCAUGGGAAUGCGCGGUUCCUACCGGUUGGUCGAGACUUAGGAUUUGUAAGAAUGGACCAAUAUUACAGCGUGAAGAAGUCGUGUUAUUUAUGCCCGAUCUGGCUUUUCAUAAAAGAUGUAUGCUGGUCUAG